AUGCCAGCAUCAGGCUCCAACGUGGAGAAGGUAGAGAUGAUUCCCUCAAACAGGCAAGUGAGGUUCUUUGUUGUUAUGAUGUUUGUGUCUCUUGUUCGCCCGGAGCCAAUGCGCUUUUCUGUGCCAGAAGAAACAGAAAGCGGUUCCUUUGUAGCCGGUCUUACCAAAGAUCUCGGCAUGGCACUUGGGGAAUUGGCCUCCCGAUCUGCCAGGGUGGUGUCUGACGAUUAUAAACAGCAUUUGCUGCUGGACCCUCAGAAUGGAGAUUUGCUACUGAGGGAGAAAUUAGACCGGGAGGAGCUCUGUGGCCCCAGGGAACCGUGUGUGUUGCAUUUCCAAGUGUUCCUGGAAAUGCCAGUGCAAGCUUUUCCAGGAGAAUUACUGAUUGAAGAUAUAAAUGAUCAUGCCCCGGUUUUUCCUGAUAGGGAAGUGCUCUUGAAAAUACCGGAAAACAGCCACCCAGGAACUCUGUUUCCAUUAACAUUAGCAGAGGAUUUGGAUGUGGGCAUUAAUGGGAUUCAAACCUACACAGUCAGCCCCAAUGCUCACUUUAAUGUGCUCACUCGAAAUAAUAGCGAAGGCAAGAAGUACCCAGAAUUGGUCCAGGACAAAGCGCUGGACCGCGAGGAACAGGCUGAGCUCAGCUUAACCCUUGUGGCUCUGGAUGGUGGGACUCCACCUAGGUCUGGCACAGUCUUGGUUCGAGUCCUGGUCAUGGACGUCAAUGACAAUGCUCCCGAGUUUGUGCACUCUCCAUAUGAGGUGCGGGUCCUGGAGAACAGCCCACCAGAUUCUGUGAUUCUAAACGUGUUAGCCAAAGAUGCAGAUGAUGGGCACUUUGGGAGUGUUUCCUAUGGCUUCUUCCAAGCAUCAGAUGACAUUAAGCAAACUUUCUCAAUAAAUGAGAUCACGGGAGAAAUUCGACUGAAAAAGGCAUUGGACUUUGAGAAAGUUACUUCUUACCGUGUGGAAAUGGAGGCCACGGAUGGAGGAGGCCUCACUGGGAAGGGCACUGUAUUCAUAGAGGUGGUGGAUGUGAAUGACAAUGCCCCGGAAAUUACCAUCUCUUCACUCACCAGCUCCAUCCCAGAAAAUGCUGCUGAGACCUUAGUCUCUAUCUUCAGAGUUGGAGAUAGGGAUUCUGGAGAUAAUGGAAAGACAGUAUGCUCUAUUCCAGAUGACCUUCCUUUCAUCCUAAAAUCUACUUUCAAGAAUUUCUACACUUUGGUGACAGAGAGGCCCUUGGAUAGAGAAAUAAGAGACCAAUACAAUAUCACCAUCACUGUCUCCGACUUGGGGACUCCCAGGCUGCAAACUCAGCACACCUUCACCCUGCAGGUGUCCGAGGUGAACGACAACGCCCCCGAAUUCACGCAGUCCUCCUACACCCUGUGGGUCCGCGAGAACAACAGCCCCGCCCUGCACAUUGGCACCAUCAGCGCCACAGACAGAGACUCGGGCAGCAACGCCCAGCUGACCUACUCGCUGCUGCCCGGCCCGCAGCCCGGCCCCGACGCGGCGGCGGCGCUGGUGUCCAUCAACGCGGACAGCGGGCAGCUGUUCGCCCUGAGGGCGCUGGACUAUGAGGCCCUGCAGGCGUUCGAGGUGCGCGUGCGCGCCGCCGACCGCGGCUCGCCCCCGCUCAGCAGCCAGGCGCUGGUGCGCGUGCAGGUGCUGGACGCCAACGACAACUCGCCCUUCGUGCUGUACCCGCUGCAGAACGCGUCUGCGCCCUGCACCGAGCUGCUGCCCAGGGCGGCCGAGCCGGGCUACCUGGUGAGCAAGGUGGUGGCGGUGGACCGCGACUCGGGCCAGAACGCCUGGCUGUCGUUCCAGCUGCUCAAGGCCACGGAGCCCGGGCUGUUCAGCGUGUGGCCGCACAAUGGCGAGGUGCGCACCGCCAGGCUGCUGAGCGAGCGCGACGCGCCCAAGCACAGGCUGCUGCUGCUGGUCAAGGACAAUGGCGAGCCGCCGCGCUCGGCCAGCGUCACGCUGCACGUGCUGCUGGUGGAUGGCUUCUCGCAGCCCUACCUGCCGCUGCCCGACGCGGCGGCGCCCGAGCGCGCGCAGCCCGACCGCCUCACUGCCUACUUGGUCAUCGCGCUGGCGGCCGUGUCUUCUCUCUUCCUCUUGUCUCUGCUGCUCUUCGUGGCCGUCAGGCUGUGCAGGAGGAGCAGGGCGCGCUCGCUGGCCGGCUGCGCGCUGCCCGAUGGCCCCUUGCCUGGACACCUGCUGGACGUGAGUGGCACGGGGACCCUGGCCCACAGCUACCAGUAUGAGGUGUGUCUCACAGGAGACUCUGGGAAUGGUGAGUUCAACUUUCUGAAACCUAUACUCCCAAAGCUCUUCGUGCAGGAUGCUGUGAGAGAAGUUCAGGAGAACCCCCACUGCGGUCACGACUUUGUGUUAGGAUGUUAG